AACACAUGUUGGCUAACCUGAUAAUCAGCUGUUUCAAAAGCGACGUGUUCGGGUUGUCGGUUAUUGAUACACGAGGAAUGUAUAAUAUUGGUAGUGUUUGUGUAACGUAAGUUUUUAUAAACCUCGUCAUUGAUAAUGGGAGCAUUAUUUGGGAAAAGUAAGAAGCAACAGAGUAGAGUUACAGAACAUGAUAAAGCUGUUUUGCAACUUAAGCAACAGCGGGAUGAAAUAAAGCAGUAUCAGAAGAGAAUAGAGAAGAACCUGGAAAAAGAUAAACAGCUUGCAUGCAAGCUACUGCAAGCUGGAAAGAAAGAACGUGCAAAGUUACUGCUGAGGAAAAAGAGGUUCCAGGAACAAAUUCUUCAAAGGACUGAUAUCCAACUGGAGAACUUGGAAUUUCUUGUACAUGAUUUAGAAUUCUGUCAAAUUGAGAUGCAGGUUAUAAAUGGGUUGAAGGUAGGCAACGAAGCCUUGAAGAAAAUACAUGAAGUUUUGAAUGUUGAAGAAGUGGAAAAGAUUCUGGAUGAGACAAGAGAAGGAGUAGAGAAGCAACAGGAGAUUGAUGACCUGCUGGCUGGAGCUCUGACACCUGAGGAUGAAGAAGCGGUGGAGGAAGAACUGGAGCAAAUUAUCCAGGCUGAGAUGCCGGAUGUUCCUCAGGAGGAGCCUACCCAGCAAGACUGUUUCAUAGAGACACUGCUUAUUCAGGACAUUUAA